AAUACUAAAGAAAGAAAAAUCAAGAGUGAGAAAGAGCGAAAGACUUAGAGGGCGUGCGAGUGAGAGUGAGGUGGCAUUGGUAUAGCCCCCAGCAGCCAGGAGCCAGGAGACAGGAGACAGGAGCCAACAGGCAGCAGCUAGCGUAGCCACGUUUAAUAGGAUUACACGCUGCCUGACAGUUUUGCCGGAUUAAUACAACUCAACUCAAAGAGGAAGCACAUAGCCUUAGCUCCGCUCUUACCUGACGCUGUUUUCUAUUUCCCGGGACCGUGCACCAUGUGCUUAGCGUAGCACGGCCGUGGAUGAGCCGCAAUGUGGACUUAUAUGAUGGCAGCCGCCCGCGGAGAUCGGGUCAACACAAUGAUGUCCAGCAGACGCCGCCCCGAGACCGAAUCGCCCAAAUACGGCUACAACCUCUCCCGUCCUAUGUAUCGCACGACACGUUUUGUCAGCCCCGUCGCCUCGGCGCCCGCCCAGCUGGGCCCCUCCAGCUGCAAUCCGGCGCACGAGGAGCUGGAGGUAAGCGGCGGCCUCUACGCCCCAUUUCAGCCGACGCUGGCGGCAGUCGGCGGGGAGGGCGGCGUGUGUCUGCCGCGCAAGCAUUUGAUUGCCAACCAAACGGCAAUGCCGUUGCCCAUGGGUCCAACCGACGGCGCUGAGCCGGAUGAACAGCAGUUACACUAUCCGCGCAGCAGCUGCAGCAACAACAGCAGCUGGCAGCAAAGGGAGCUGCCGUUCGAUGAGGUCGGCUUUGCCAAGGAUAACAGAGAAGAGGCAAUUGACCUGGCCGAGCAGAAGUCAACCCAGCCACGUGCCAGCGACGCCAACUAUCUGGAGAAUGGCAGGAAACUGAUACAAGUGAGUACAAGUGCGGCGCGGCGCGGCAUCGAUUCAAUCGAAACGAGUCUUAACAUCACAUAA